UCUGGAUGCGCCAUAUUGGAAUGAUCUGGAUUCAACAGUUCAAACGUCGGCUCGCUGGAAACGCUCUUGUUUAGAGGAACUAUUUCGAUGUAUUGAGUCCUUUUCGGGAUUUUUAGCUUCUCGCACAUUUACGUAAGUGUUUUAACCCUCGAGGACGCCUGUCUGCCCUCAGGCGUGCGUGUGAGAUUUGUGAGGUAAAGUUGGAUGGAUUCUCGGGUGCCUUGGAUUCAACCCGAACAGAAAGGACCUGCCAAUGUUUUAUGGAUGCGCGUGUGGGAAUCCUCGCAAAGGCGAAACCACUGCCACACGGUGCGGGUGAAUACACCUGCGCUGGCGGCCGGAUUUAUGAAGCCGUUAACGACUAUUCCCACCAACACUCUUGGAAAAGCGGUCAGCUGUUGCCCCAGUCAUCAUUAUAACACCGGUGAACGCGUAGGAUCCCCAAACGCAUGUCCUGGUCCCCCAGCACCGUGCGUCACCCCCGGCAGUCUCGAUGGUGGUUACGACUCUCUAUCGCCUUUAUCUUCAGGGGAAUCGGAGACUGACAGCCCGAAAUCAGACUCGUCGUCUGGCAGCAUGAAUACCUUUCCAGCUAAACUUCAUUUUAACUUCACUGAACACAUGCACAAUGCCAAUAACACUUUACAACAUCAGCAUUUUCAGCGGCUACAGACUACGCGUAACGUUAUAGUAACGGAUAACCAGCCUAAAUGCCAUCAGGGGCGAAAGAGAACUGAAAAUAAACCGAGCUCAUACGGGAUGAACUAUUAUCUUUCCCACGCUAAUGCAAAUUGUUUAUUUGCGACACCCUGGACAAGAAGAAGAUACAACCCAGGCAUUAAUGGCCUCCAUGAGGAGAUUGUGGACUUUUAUCAUUUCAUGUCCCCACGUCCAGAAGAGGAGGCAAUGAGGAGAGAUGUUGUCAAUCGUGUUGAGGCUGUAAUCAAAGAUUUGUGGCCUACAGCAAAGGUUCAGAUAUUUGGCAGCUUCAGUACUGGGCUUUACCUUCCUACCAGCGAUAUUGACUUGGUGGUGUUUGGCAAGUGGGAGCAUCCACCUUUACAGCAGCUGGAACAGGCCCUCAGACAGAAGGACGUGGCUGAGCCCUUCUCCAUUAAACUACUUGACAAAGCUACGGUACCAAUAAUUAAACUCACUGACAGACUGACCGAUGUGAAGGUAGACAUCAGCUUUAAUGUUGAAACUGGAGUCAAAGCAGCUCGCUUUAUUAAGGAUCAUCUUAAGAAAUACUCGGUCCUGCCUUACCUGAUCUUCGUCCUGAAGCAGUUCUUGCUCCAGAGAGACCUGAACGAGGUGUUUACAGGAGGUAUAAGCUCCUACAGCCUCAUUUUAAUGGCCAUCAGCUUCCUGCAGCUUCAUCCCAGAAUAGACUGCAAAGCUACCAAUAUUAAUUUGGGCAUCCUGCUCAUCGAGUUCUUCGAGUUGUAUGGGCGGCAUUUUAAUUAUGGGAAAACUGGCAUUCGCGUGAAGGAUGGUGGAGCAUACCUGGCUAAAGAAGAAAUCAUGAAGGCAAUGGAGAAUGGAUGCAGACCAUCAAUGCUGUGCAUUGAGGACCCAAACUUACCUGGAAAUGAUGUUGGUAGGGGCUCAUAUGGUGCCAUGCAGGUGAAGGAGGUCUUUAACUACGCAUACCUUGUCUUAAGUCACGCUGUAUCACCGCUGUCCCGCUCUUACCCUAACAGAAACAUGGAGAGCACAUUGGGCCGCAUCAUUAAAGUGUCCCAGGAUGUGAUCAACUUUAGGGAGUGGAUCAUCCAGCAGUGGGGAAACCGACACAAUAUCAGGAUGGGCAUUAUUAAAGCCCAUAGCAUUGAAGGAGAUUCAGAGGAGCAGACGUCAAGUGAGGAGCAGCACCGAGACUCCUCAUCACCAAACAGUGCAGGCUCACCUGUCUCUCUGUCGAGCCUUCAACAGCACUCCUCAUCCUCCUCAUCUUCCUCUGUGUCCUCGCUCUCUGGCAGUGACAUUGAUUCUGACACGCCAUGCCGAGCUUCAGUUCUUCAUGAGAUCUUCCCUGGGUCCUGCGUGAUCGACACCAAUCACAAACCGCACAGGAGGGGGAACUCAUCUGGAACAUUCCUGCCCUGUAAAAGUCAGUCACACCCAUUACCAGGCAAACAGGAUAUUGACGGGUCGGCUCAUGAUAUUGGUGUACUCCACAUAUCUCCAUCAGUUUACCCCAGCUCAAUAUCCAGCCCAAGUCACCACACUAAAUUUGCAAACUGCCAAAGGUUUGGAACAAAAGGACCUCCACACUUGAAUGUUUUUGAUCGUAACCUGGGGCCCGGGGGGAAAAGAGGACAUCACCAUCAGUACGGUCGUAACAACUGGCGUCAUCGGAGAAGGGACACUGUUCCCAUGAGCCUCAGCUGAUAGUGUCACCCAUUUAUCCCUCCUUAAAAAAACUUGUGGCCCAUGUUCCUUGGGUGCCACAGGUCAAAGGUUAGCACUUCUGAUUACAGUGGGUCUUUUGUGACACCUCCGUUUCUUUGGUAUUAUUUUUGUGUUUUGUCGAGAACUCCACCUGUGACUACAGGUUUGAAUGUACCUGCUUUUAUUUGAGACCUCCACUGUUUUGUUUUAUCUUUGGAUUUCUAGACAAUGAUGUCCAAUACCUUUUUUUUUUACUUUUUUCACAUCUUGAUUUGCUGUUGCUUAUCGGAGUGAUUUGCAGCGGCUCUUGACUGUGCUCAAUUUGUACUGUAUAUCUUUGUGCAAUAUGGUUGUUUUUAUUAUGAUUUUAGUUCAAUUUUAAGUUGAUUUUCUUAAGUUGAUUUCUUAAACUAUGAUUCCUUUCUAUGUGCAAAGUCUUUUAUCAUGUUCAAAUCCAUAUCGCAACCAGUUUUAUUGUUGGGAUUGUGGUUUUGCGCAUGCUAAAAUCUUCUGUGUACUACUUGCCCAUCUGUUGGCCUUUACAAACCUGCCUUUUCAACAGCAGAUGGGUUUUAGUGCUUGAUCAUUUACUCCCUACCAAAAUCCUCUCCCUUCUCAGAUCUGUCAGGUCUGCCAUAUGUCCACUGUUUAAGUGUAAUGAGUAUUUUAUUUAAACGUUAAAAGCAUUCAGAGGAUGAGGUCGAUAUGCGCUCUCUCUUUAACCCAAUCAGUAUUCAUUGCAUCUGUUUACAUAAGGAAUACAGAGUUUGCACAAUAACCCGAUCCAUCUGUUUUCCCCACCGUCAAAUGUGUUCGUCAAAAGUCUUGGACUGGAUUUCAUGUUACGCCACCAGAUGGAGAUAUUGGGCCAUGUGGUGUCCACUUUUUUGUUUCUAAGCAUUGAAGCUCACCAUGGCGUACAAAACAUUUCACACCGCAGACAUUUACGUUCCAUAACACUUAAAGAUCACUUCAUAUAUUUUGCAUGAAAACUUUAAUAAUUGUGUCCCCAAGGCCUCUCUUUCAAUCAGACAGUGUCUUCCUUAAGCUGACCUUGUUUUAAUGGGGCUGCAGGGAAUGCUGGGGGUUUGGUCAACAGAGAGGUUCAUUACUUUUAUGUGUCCCGAGAAAGGAAAAGUUAUGAGCCAAUGCAGUUUUAACUUUGUCAAACCCUAAAGGACCUACAUGGGCCAUACAGUCUUCUCGCCUGCAUGCAGGUGCUGUUUGAAUGUAAUGUAUAAUGUCUUAAAUUUAAGACUUUUUUUCAAUACACAUUUUUAUGUAUGUUUUGUACUCAAAAAUAUUUUUUAAAAUAAACAUUUAAAACGCU